AUGGCGACCGCCAAACCAUCUGCUGUUCGCCCUAGCAUCCGCGAUGUUCGUCCAAAUCCAGGCUCUCCUCAUACCCCUUCCAAUCGACAUAUUUCGUCCACCAGCUCCUCGCCCUUUCCUUCCUACUGGCGUACCGAAGAAGACCCAAUAAUCAUCGAACUAGACCCAAGAUAUCUCCGUGCAGGAUUCCAAGGCGACAGUGCCCCUCAAUGCACGAUUCGGUUCACACCCCAGAACUCACGCCGAGUGGGAGAUUAUAGGGUCUACUUGCCAGGGUACAGGAGGAGGAAAGAGGACGUUCGAGUCAAUAGCAAAGAAUACGAGCUAUGGCGGAAUGAUCUGCAGGAUGUAGACCUGGGUCUACUGGAGGACAAGCUGGAGAGGGCGGUCAGAGAGGCAUAUAACAAACACCUGCUUGUAGAUGCUGGUGUGGCGAGAGUCAUUCUGGUGCUGCCCAGUCUGGUCCCUCACCCGGUUCUCGACACGGUUCUGACACUCUUCUUCCAAAGAUGGCAAAUUAGCUCUGUCACCUUGUUACCUGGUCCAACCAUGGCAGUUGCUGCAGCUGGAUUGAGGUCUGGUCUGGUGGUGGAUAUCGGCUGGGAGGAGACUAUUGUCCAUGCAAUUUACGAGUUCCGAGAGAUUUGUGUCAAGAGGUGCACAAGGGGUCUGAAAAGCUUGGUCUUCAAGAUGUGGGACUUCCUCGAGGGUGUUCGUAAGGAACAAGACCAGUCCGUGAGGGAAGAGCUGGUCUUGGACUUUGAUUUUGUCGAAGAGUUCAUUGAGCGGGCCGGCAAGUGUCAUGCCUUAUUCCCGCACGAUGGACAAGGCUUGGUGGAACAGACAGAAGCCAUGACCUUGUCUGAGAACAACGGAGAUUCCGUCUCGACUCUGAUGAUCGACUGGCCCACACACACCUCAGCCCGGAUGAUUGGAAUACCGAAAUCGAAACUCCAACAAAUCUGUUCGGAGAGUUUCUUUGGGAGCCGUGAUCAAGACCAUCUCGACGAUCAUGAACAGCCGGUGGACCAGCUGUUGUAUAACACCCUCCUCGCCGUUUCGUCUGACGUCCGAAGCAGUUGCAUCUCUCGUAUUAUCUUCACUGGAGAGGGCUCAUCAAUCUCAAAUCUACCGGAGCAUGUCUUCAGUCAUGUAAACACCACAAUCGACAAGUAUGGCUGGACGCCUGUCCGUGGUAAACAUUUCAACACCACUCGCAAUCGAGUUGGCGAGCUCGCCUAUAAUCGAUCUAUCCCAGUCGAUGCCCGACACCAUGCAAUACCAACCAGCUCUGAAAGCAAAAUCGACAUCGACCUACACAAACGAAGAAAGGAAGAUACCAAGCCCACACCGUCACUGCGGCAAAUCGAUAGCCUUGGGACAUGGGCGGGUGCUAGCCUGGUCGCCAGCCUAAAAUCCAAAUCCUUUGUUGAGAUUGAGAGGGAGAGGUAUCUAUCACACGGAAUAGCUGGGGCAAAUCGAAACAUUGAACAGUAUCGCAUGUCUCAACAGGCCAAGCCCGUCAAGGCAGGUGAGAGAACGAGCUGGACGUUGGCUGGAUGGGGAUGA